UAGUCAUCUGAUUUGUUUCCUUGUUAGCAGUCAGCCUUAGCCAACAAACAACCGCCGUACUUUGAUUCUUCGCUUCCCUUUCUUCUCUCUGGAAUAUUUCCGGGGUUCCAGAAGCUCCCUGCUUAGCCACGGAACCAUGGACGAGACGAGUCCGCUUGUCUCUCCAUUGCGGGACUCGGGUGACUUCGCGUACUGUCCCACAGAACCCACCAGCCCGCGAGGCGCGUUUGGAGGCACGCCGGGCUCGGUGGUCCGGAUCCCGGCGGGCAGUCCUGGGCGCAGCCGAGAGAGACAGCCGCUUCUCGAUCGGGACCGUGGAACGUCACCCAGAGAGCAGCAUAGAAAUGAAUUCCCUGAGGAUCCCGAGUUCAGAGAGAUCAUCCGAAAGGCCGAGAGAGCCAUCGAAGAAGGCAUCUAUCCGGAGAGAAUCUAUCAGGGAUCCAGUGGAAGCUACUUUGUGAAAGACUCUCAGGGGAAGAUCAUAGGCGUAUUCAAACCAAAGAACGAAGAGCCCUACGGACAGCUGAACCCGAAAUGGACCAAAUGGCUUCAGAAACUGUGUUGUCCGUGCUGUUUUGGUCGCGACUGUUUGGUCCUCAACCAGGGUUACCUCUCAGAAGCCGGAGCCAGCCUUGUGGAUCAGAAGUUGGAGCUCAACAUAGUUCCUAGAACAAAGGUGGUCCAUUUGGCGAGCGAGACCUUCAACUACAGCGCUAUUGACAGAGUCAAGUCUAGAGGCAAACGGCUAGCUCUGGAGAAGGUGCCCAAAGUGGGGCAACGCUUCCACAGGAUUGGACUUCCACCUAAGGUGGGUUCCUUCCAGCUCUUUGUUGAUGGCUAUAAGGACGCAGAUUUUUGGUUACGACGGUUUGAAGCAGAUCCACUUCCGGAGAACACAAACAGGCAACUUCAGCUGCAGUUUGAGCGACUCGUCGUCCUGGAUUACAUCAUCCGGAACACGGACAGAGGAAACGACAACUGGCUGCUGAAGUACGACUGUCCAAUGGACCCGGUGGGGAACAGGGACACGGACUGGAUCGUCGUGAAAGACCCAAUCAUCAAGCUGGCAGCUAUAGACAAUGGCCUCGCCUUCCCCCUCAAACACCCGGACUCUUGGAGGGCCUAUCCGUUCUACUGGGCGUGGCUCUCUCAGGCCAAAGUUCCUUUCUCCCAGGAAAUCCGAGAGCUUGUCCUGCCAAAACUCUCCGACCCAAAUUUCAUCAAAGACCUUGAAGAGGACCUGUAUGAGCUAUUUAAGAAAGACCCAGGGUUUGACAGAGGACAGUUCCACAAGCAAGUGGCAGUCAUGAGAGGACAGAUCCUGAACCUGAGCCAAGCGCUCAAAGAUGGUAAAACUCCCCUGCAGUUGGUCCAGAUGCCUCCUGUCAUCGUGGAGACGGCCAGAGCCCCUCAGAGAGCCAACAGUGAAUCUUACACACAGAGCUUCCAGAGCAGAAGACCUUUUUUCACCUGGUGGUAGGAAGCCAGUGUGAGGAUUCAGGUUCUCUCGCUGACAAGGAAGGAACUUGCUAUGCUCUUCAUGCGGAUGCUUCAAUGACCCGGAGGAGUUAAGAGGCUAAAAGAGGAAGAGUUUCCGAAAUAAUUCUUCCCCGUUUGCCUCUGUGCCUUGUUUGGAUGUAUUUACACUGUAAAGAAGACGAAGGCCUACGAUGUGAAUCCUCCAGACCCAUGAACGAACUCACACGUGCAUGUCAGACUUCAUUUUGUGAGCGACUGGUGUCACAUUCCUCAUCAUUGAAUUGCUCAUGCCUCUGCCUUGUUACAUUCAGCUACACUCGAGCCACUUUCAAGCCCCGCUGACCACAUCACGUUCCACCUUUCAUCCUUUGCCAAAAAAAAGAAAUGCUCUCCAAACCAUCAAAAUUGCAGGUACUGAGCGGUGGGUUCCGAGUUUGUCUGUGCACGCCCAACACACGCGCCGCGGGGACCGGUUUCACGGUCAGCUAGUCACGUGUGGUUUUUGGAAGGAAGAAAUACUUUUCAUCUGUACGAAGGUUUAACAAGAAGAAUAAUCCACUAACAAGUGAGUUCCAGGUAUUAAUGAAGGUCGGGCUGUAUUUCUGUUCAAUCUGACUCCAGCAGGGACCCAAGUUAAAAAACUACCUGCUGAACUGAAUUGACUUGAAGUGUAUGGUGACAAUGCACUGCAUAAUUUGUAUGUAAUAUUUAAUGAUAGAUUAUAAUUAAAAUGUAUUCAA